AUGAAGUUUCAGAGCACUCUGCUUCUUGCCGCCGCGGCUGGUUCCGCGUUGGCUGUGCCUCAUGGUCCUGGACAUAAGAAGAGGGCGUCUGUGUUUGAAUGGUUCGGAUCGAAUGAGUCUGGUGCUGAGUUUGGGACCAAUAUUCCUGGGGUCUGGGGAACCGACUACAUCUUCCCCGACCCCUCGGCCAUCUCUACGUUGAUUGACAAGGGGAUGAACUUCUUCCGCGUCCAGUUCAUGAUGGAGAGGUUGCUGCCCGACUCAAUGACUGGCUCAUAUGAUGAGGAGUAUCUGGCCAACUUGACGACAGUGAUAAAAGCGGUAACGGACGGAGGCGCUCAUGCCCUUGUUGACCCUCAUAACUAUGGCAGAUACAACGGCGAGAUCAUCUCCAGCACGUCUGAUUUCCAGACCUUCUGGGAGAAUCUGGCCGGCCAGUACAAAGAUAACGACCUGGUCAUGUUUGACACUAACAACGAAUAUCACGACAUGGAUCAGGAUCUCGUGCUGAACCUCAACCAAGCAGCCAUUAAUGGCAUCCGCGCCGCAGGUGCGACCAGCCAGUACAUCUUCGUCGAAGGCAACUCCUGGACCGGCGCCUGGACGUGGGUCGACGUCAACGACAACAUGAAAAACUUGACCGACCCCGAAGACAAGAUCGUCUAUGAAAUGCACCAGUACCUAGACUCCGACGGUUCCGGCACCUCGGAGACCUGUGUGUCCGAGACCAUCGGAAAAGAGCGGGUCACUGAAGCUACACAGUGGCUGAAGGACAACAAGAAGGUCGGCUUCAUAGGCGAAUAUGCCGGGGGUUCCAAUGAUGUAUGUCGGAGUGCCGUGUCGGGGAUGCUGGAGUACAUGGCGAAUAACACCGACGUAUGGAAGGACUACAUUUUCAGCCUGGAGCCCCCAGAUGGAACUGCGUACACGGGUAUGCUGGAUAUCCUGGAGGCAUAUCUUUGAGGUCUGGGUGGGUCGCAGAUGCGGUGCAUCGGAGAACUAUACGGAGUAUCUUGUCCGAGUGGGCGGUGGUGGUACAGAGAGGAGUACUAGUAUACAUUAGUGGCAGCGCACUGACUGACGUCACAAAGCAUUCCGUUUUGGACGCUCCAACAUUGUGCAUUCUGUUGAGUGUUACCUGUAGGCACUAGGCAGUGAGGCACGCCUGUCGCUGAAAUAGUGCACGUUGUACUCCAUAACGAGUAGUCGGUGGAUUCUUAUCAACGAUCAU